UGGAAAAUCAAUGUAUGCGGAAAUCAUUAGGGCAACAGAAGAUUUUGAUUCCACAUAUUGCAUUGGGAAGGGAGGACAUGGAAGCGUCUACAAAGUGAAUUUGUCAUUUGGAGACAUAGUGGUUGUGAAAAAACUUCAUCUGCUAUGGGAUGGCGAGACAGAAUUUCAAAAGGAGUUCUUGAAUGAAGUAAGGGCACUCAGUGAGAUAAGACAUCGGCAUAUUGUGAAGUUCUAUGGUUUCUGCGCACAUAAACGACACUCGUUUUUGGUGUAUGAGUUUCUUGAAAGAGGUAGCUUGGCCGCAAUGUUGAGCAAAGAUGAAGAAGCUAAAGAGUUGGGCUGGCGUAAAAGGGUGAAUAUUGUUAAAGGUGUAGCUCAUGCCUUGUUUUACUUGCACCACGAUUGCUUGCCACCGAUUGUACAUCGUGACAUCUCCAGCAAGAACAUUUUGUUGGAUUCUGAAUAUAAGGCCUGUGUUUCAGACUUCGGCACUGCUAAGUUUUUAAAUCCAGACUCAACUAAUUGGACUGCUGUUGCAGGCACAUAUGGCUACAUCGCACCAGAGAUUGCUUACACAAUGGAAGUGAAUGAGAACUGCGAUGUUUAUAGCUUUGGUGUGGUCACAUUGGAAAUAAUUAUGGGAAAGCAUCCUGGAGAUCUUUUCUCAUCUUUCUCAUCGGUCUCUUCAUCCUGCUCAUCAUCAUCUGCAUUACCAGCCCAUCAAAUACCAAUUGUGGAUGUUUUGGACCAACGCAUUUCCCCUCCUACACAUCAAGUUGCAAGCGAAGUGGUCUCUCUUGUGAAGAUAGCAUUUUCAUGCUUGAAUUCCAGCCCGAAAUCUCGUCCAACAAUGAAACAAGUUUCGCAUUUCCUCUCGACUCAAAUGUUGCAUUUGUCGAAGCCGGUACAUAUGAUGACGUGUGGUGAAUUGCUUGCUCUUGAUCCUUGGGCUACUUGAUCAGAAUGUGCUUCU